CCAAACUUUACUGCACGCUGCGGUCAUCACAUUCCUUCAUCAUUACCACCAUCAUCUUCUUCGACGAGCAAUGCCGACUAUAGCUGCAGUUGCGCCUGGAGAGCCAAAAGCAUCACCAAAGCCACAGCCUAUCGGAAAUGUUCCUAUGAUUCUUCUCUUGACAACGUGUGUCGCUUGUGUCGUCUUUUUACUGUGGCGGCGGGCGAACCAACUCAAAUCUGUGAUAUCCCAUCAACUGAAGACAUGGCGACAAACGGAAGGCCAGAUACGAUUAAGUACUGACGAUGGUCCUGCAGCGACUGAGUUUCUUGAGGAUGACUAUGAUGAUGAUGAUAACGAAGACCUGACGUUGGUGGAGGAUGUGGGGGGGAGGUUGAUGCAGAAAAAGUCUUCCGUUGCCGAAGCAGCGCAGAACAGGAAUGCAGGCUGAACGCAUUUCUAUGAGUGUAUAAUUAUGAUUAGAUUAGGAUUUAUACCCCAUAUAAUGCCAACUGCUAAUAAAUUCAAACGUUUGCGGAAAGCACUUCUGUCGUGUCUCUGUUAGCGAUGCUACACCUUGAAAUGAAGACUAUGUUCCUUGCAGUGAAGAAGCGUUUGGUGG